AUCCCUCAGCCAUAUGUCAAGCUUCGUCCCUGGUCAUUUCGGUGAAUAUCCUCCACCUUUUGGAGAGGAGCUGAGCCACCCAGAACGCCCCCAGGACCAAGGACAGACAAACCUCGUGAUCAGUGAAAUACUACAAGUUGCUGUUCAUAACUCUGUGCCAGACCCGCUCAAUGAUACCCUCCAAGCCUUGGGUGAGGAGCCAAGCCACCCAGGACAACCCCAGGGCCCGGAAGAGACACAUAUUGUGGGAGUACAACAAGUCGUCAUUACUGCCAUUCGCGCAACCGAUCUCACUCUUGGCCUCCGAUGCAUCCCCGCUGGCUUCCAUGUGGUAAUAAAGACUGACAGUGCUGAAUGCCAGACGAGCAACAAACCUGUACACAUAAAUCAGGCUGUCGUCGAAUGGAACGGGCCCAUACUUCUGUUCGGGUCAGCGUUUAUGCCUCAUUUGAGUUGGGUCCCAUACUCUGUCAUGGAGAAGCCCUCCGUACAUUCGAGAUCUCAGUCGGAGAAUUACUGGAUCGCAGCAAAAAAUCACAUCAUGUUAACGAGUAUCAUAGCCAUAAUCUUUCAGCCCAAGCAGGAGGAGGUUGUAUCCGCGUGUACUUCACUGUUCAUAACACUGGAGCAGCAACUUUUUGAUGAAAACAAUGCUGCAGUUCUUUGCCCCCUGACUACUCUUACAUCCCGUGAUAUGGAUGCAUUAGCACUAAGGACGGAUUCCGGACAUCGUCUUCUCGCACGAUACCGCAGGACGCAGAACAGUAGGGAUCUCUACCAAUCCAUAAAACACUUUGAACGUGCCUCGGAUCUCUGUCCCAUGGACCAUCCCUACCGCUCUGCAGCACUGUUCAAUCUAGCUACCACAAAGUUUGUUAGUUGCCAAGCAGACGGAAGAUACCUUGACCUCGACAUUCCUAUCAAUCUGUUUCAAGAUGCCCUUAAUUUAUGUCCCACUGAUCAUCCAGACCGAACUGUCACCCAGCUCCAUCUUGCCAUUGCUCUACUCUCUCGCUUCGUGAAACGAGGAUGUCAGACGGAUGCUGAUGCGGCUGAAGAGUUGCUGAGCGAAGUCGUCGAUGUCUGCCACGCCGACAGCCACAUUUACAGAGCAGCUUUGAUUGCAAUCAAAACAUCCGCUCUACAUUCUGCUGGAAGCAUUGAUGUAAAUGAUCUUGGGCAGGAGCGGCCCGCCGCAUCCAUGCUUCCGUUAUCGCCGAAUCAACUUGCUCAUCUAGCAGAGCGGUGUUUGCAGAGAGAUGAACCCCAUGCCUUAGAAGAAGUGAUAUCCCUUCAUUAUGAUGCACUGGGAUACUACAACACUGGGCAUGCUUUGCGAGGGCAAUUGCUGGGUAAUCUGGGUUUAAUGCUGGAAACUCGCUUCAAACAUCGAGGCAGUGACGAAGACUUGGACCAGGCUAUUGCAUUUCACGGGGAAACGCUGGCUUUACACCCGGCUAUCGCACUUCAGAGAGAAGCGCUAGCUUUGUGCCCUGUGGGUCACACAGAUCGGUCCAAGUCAUUAAGUAACCUUGCGGUUCAACUCUUCACCCGCUUUGAGCACCGAGGCAACGACGAAGACUUGGAUCAGGCUAUCACACUUGACAGGGAAGCGCUGGUUUUGCACCCGGUCGGUCACACAGAUCGGUCGUUGUCAUUAAGUAACCUUGCAAAUCAACUCUCCACCCGUUUUCAGCACCGAGGCAACGACGAAGACCUGGAUCAGGCUAUCACGCUUGACAGUGAAGCACUGGUUUUGCGCCCGAUCGGUCACACAAAUCGGUCCGAGUCAUUACAUAACCUCGCAAAUCAACUCUCCACUCGCUUUCAGCACCGAGGCAAUGACGACGAUUUGGAUCAGGCUAUUGCACUUCAAAGGGAAGUGCUGGCUUUGCGUCCGGUCGGUCACACAGAUUGGUCCAGGUCAUUAAAUAACCUUGUGGCUCAACUCUUCACCUGCUUUGACCACCGAGGCAACGACGAAGACUUGGAUCAGGCUAUUGCACUUGCCAGGGAAGCAUUAGCUUUGUGGCCGGUCGGUCACACAAAAUGGCCGUUGUCAUUAAAUAACCUUGUGAUUCAACUCUUCACCCGCUUUGAGCACCGUGGCAACAACGAAGACUUGGAUCAGGCUAUCGCACUUCACAGAGAAGCGCUGGCUUUGCGCCCGGUCGGUCACACAGAUCGGUCGUCGUCAUUAGGUAACCUUGCCAGUCAUCUCUGCAUCCGCUUUGAGCACCGAGGCAACGACAAAGAUUUGGAUCAGGCUAUCGCACUUCAGAGGGAAUCGCUGGCUUUGCACCCAGUCGGUCACGCAGAUCGUCACACAGAUCGGUCCAAGUCAUUAAAUUCCCUUGCGAAUCGGCUCUCCACCCGCUUUUACCACCGAGGCAACGACGACAACUUGGAUCAGGCUAUCGCACUUCAGAGAGAAGCGCUAGCUUUGUGCCCGGUUGGUCACACAGAUCGGUCCUGGUUAUUAACCAACCUUGGGAAUCGACUCUUCACUCGCCUUGAGCACCGAGGCACCGACAAAGACUUGGAUCAGGCUACCACACUUUAUAGGGAAGCGCUAGCUUUGUGCCCAGUCGGUCACACAGAUCAGUUCAAGGCAUUGAAUACCCUUUCGAAUCAACUCUCCACCCGCUUUGAGCACCGAGGCAACGACAAAGACUUGAACCAGGCUAUCGCACUUCAGAGAGAAGCACUGGCUUUGUGCCCGGUUGGUCACACAUAUCGGUCCGGGUCAUUAAGCAACCUUGCACAUCAACUCUCCACUCGCUUUGACUGCCGAGGUGAUAGAGAAGACCUCAACGAGUCACGAGAGAACCUACACUGUGCAUUGACUCUGUUGACACAACAUGAUCCUUUCCAAGUAAAUGUCCAUGUUUCACUCGCUAUCAUCUAUCUAUCGUUCCAUCGUUCAGGGCUUGACAGCACCGGCGCGGGCAAAGACUCCGACAGUCUGAAUGCUGCCAUGCAUCAUUUCAAGGCAGCAGUAAAUGUUGUCUCUGCAGGUUUGGUGGCUCACCUGCAAGCUAGUCUGCGCUGGGUUAAUUAUGCUCGUCAAUAUUUACAUGAUACUGAACUGGAGGCUCAUGCAACUUCCAUGCAACUUCUGGACACUCACAUGACCACGACAGCUUCAGCAUCGUCUCGUCACAAUAUCAUGAAGGACUUCCCAAGUACCCUUGCCAUGGAUGCUGCAUCGUGUGCUCUUGGUCGUGGUGAUGUGUGUCGCGCCGUUGAGUUGUUGGAACAAGGCAGGACUAUCAUCUGGACCCAGAUGACACGACUCCGCACGCCUCUUGACAGCUUCCAGACACGCGGCGAUCACGCAGCGGCCCUGAUGAAGAAAUUCAGAGACCUCAGCUCCCUCCUCAAUAAACCUCCUGCGAACUAUCCAGAAGCAAACCCAAGGGUCGAUGUAGAAGCAGAAGAAACCAGGUACAGACAUUUAGUGAAGGACUGGAAUAGAACUGUAGAAGACAUCCGGAAGAUCGAAAGUUUCUCUCGCUUCCUCCUUCCCCCCUUAUUCUCCGAUCUUCAAGAUGCGGCUCGUGAUGGGCCUAUCAUCGUGCUCAUCGCAAGCAAGUCGUCCUGCGAUGCCAUUAUUAUCCCGCACAAGCAACCUCCGACUAGCAUUCAACUUCCUAUCAACUGGUUGAAACUCAUUAAGUUGGUGGUCGCAGUCCAGGAGGCAAUUAAUAAAGAGGCCGGUCCUAAAAGGAACCAAUCAGCACUGAUAAAAGUAUUGAGGAAGUUGUGGGACAAUGUCGUCCGCCCGGUGGUCGAGAAUCUGGGCAGAUUUGCACAACAAGAGUCCCUUUCGCAGCAAUAUAUCUCUUCAUACACGCCAUUGCUUACCGCAUUGAUGAAGGCUCACAGAAGUCACGACAGGUCACCGUCGGUGUCCUUCGCUGCCAUUGGUCAGAAUCUCCCCGCCGGUCAUUCAUCCACUUUGGAUGGUGUGGAGCCUGAGCUGGAAUUGGUGCAGAGUCUUUUGCCCCCUCCCCCAACUGUUUCCUUCACCAAGAUAAUGAGCAUUGAUGCAACGAAACGGAGGGCGCUGCGUGCAUUGCAAGAUAAUACUUGGCUCCAUUUUGCGUGUCACGGGACACAAAAAUAUGACGAACCCUUCAAGUCGGCCUUUCUUAUGCGCGACCACCCCCUUUCACUCCUUGAUAUCACCCAAAUGGAUCUCUCUCGGCAUCAAUUUGCAUUCCUUUCUGCCUGUGAAACCGCAGUUGGUGACUUCAGUACGCCCGACGAAGUGAUACACCUAGCGGCUGGCCUGCAAUUUGCUGGGGUUAACAGCGUCGUUGGGACAUUAUGGAAUGUCAACGAUAGUACUGUGCAGUGCUUAGUCGCGGCAUUCUACAAAAACUUGUGCGGGGAUGGCACAAUGAAUUCCAAACGAGCUGCGCGAGCGCUGCACUGA